AUGCUUCUGGUAGCAGUGACAGCUCGUCUCUUGAGGGUACGAAGAUACCAAACAAGCAGACAGGUUCAUCUACCUCCGAAUCGAGCGAAGACGCUAGUGGAUCAGAAGCUUCAGAGUCGGGAUCGAGCGUCCAUCGGCCUCUGUAACGCCACAAAGAAGAAGAAAGCAUCUGCAGCUUCUGCAUCGGAGUCAAGCGACUCAGGCAGUGACUUCACCGAUUUGGUCUCGGAUGACAGCGGGUCGGACAUCGACCUGAGUGAUCUGCUCUCGGGCGAGAGCUCGCGUGAAAGCUUUGUUGCUGCUACCAAGAACAAGAAAACAUUGACGGCAUCUGCUUCAGGAUCGAGCGAAGAUGGCAGUGCCGAGAGCAACCUACAGCUAUCUGAAAGUGCUAGCAUAUCCGGUAGCAAGAGCUCACCUAAAUCGACCAUCGGGUCGUCUAACGAAGGCAAGAGCUACUUGGACAGGCUGAAAGAAUUAACUGGCAGUGACUUUUUGCCUAAAAGCGUUACUAACGCCCUGGACGAUCGGUCUGCAACGGUGAGAACGAGACCUCCAGCAACGAGUGCAAGCGAGUCAGGAAGUGACUCUACCUCCGAAGCGGAGAUCACACCUGCUCCUACCACUAAAACUGACGAAGAAGGAUCGAAGUACCCUACCGGAUUCUUUGGUCAUAUGAAGUCGUGGUGGAAAAACACUUUUGGUGGUGACAAAUGCGACUUGAACAACCGCAGACUUCGCCUGGCGCAGGAGUAAAGUUCAUUAACACUGAGCAGACGAUCCAGUUGAGGCC